AUUAAUCUCCUCCCUGUCUAUAAACAUGAUAACCAUGCUCCAACGGAUUCUCCCCUUUUCACCAUCAACAUUCAAGUUUGAAAACAAUUCCAAAUGAAAUAUUAAACUAGGAGUCUUUUCUUUGUGCUGUUAGUGACACUGCAUGUGCUCUGGAAUAUCUUAGUUUGGCUUCAUAUGCUAAUUACCCAUCACCCACUUUUCAUACUCAGAGUGUGAUACUCCUACCCUUCCUUUGGGUAACUGUUUUCUUGUUAACCAACAACUUCAUCUCUUGUAUUUUUAAGCCCAUUUUUUCUCCCAAAAAUCAAAAUUCUAAGUUGAUUUCUCAUCUCAACUCAUAGAGUAAAUGGGUGAGGAAGCAAAACAAGAAUCACCCAAGGCCCAUGAGUCUAAGCCAGAGGAAAAUCAAGAAGAGAAGAAACAGCCUAAACCACCAUCUCCGUGUGUGUUGUUUCUUGACUUACAUUGUAAAGGAUGCGCCAAGAAAAUUAAGAAAUCUAUUAUGAAAAUGAGAGGAGUUGAGGGAGUGGUGAUUGAUAUGGCUAAAAAUGAAGUGACCAUAAAGGGAACAGUGGAGCCUCAAGCAAUCUGCAACAUGAUUUCGAAGAAAACAAAGAAAAGAGCCAAAGUUAUAUCUCCAUUGCCAGAAGCAGUAGAAGGAGAACCUAUACCUUCUCAGGCUAGUGAACCGGUUAUUGUAGAACUUAACAUAAGCAUGCAUUGUGAAGCUUGUGCUGCGCAGCUCAAGAGGAAGAUACUCAAAAUGAGAGGAGUUGAAACAGCAGUGACAGAGCUUAGCACAGGGAAGGCUAUUGUGACGGGGACCAUGGAUGCAAACAAGCUAGUGGACUAUGUUUAUAGACGCACCAAAAAACAGGUCAAAAUAGUUUCCCAGCCUGAACCUGAAGCUGAACCAGAAAAGAAAGAAGAAAAUAAAGAAUUAGAGAAACCUGCAGCAGAAGAGGCAAAACCUGAUGAAGAAGAGAAAGAAGAAGGUGGCAAAGACGAGAAUGAGAAUAAAGAAGAGAAAGGUGUGGAAGAAGUGGGUGGUGAUGAGAAUGGAGUAGUGGUGCUUAACAUUGAUGAUGAUGAAAGCAUGAAGAGGAUGAUGUACCACUAUUACUAUUACCAACCACUCUGUGUGAUUGAAGGAAUCCCACCCCCUCAGCUCUUCAGUGAUGAAAAUCCCAAUGCAUGCUGCAUUUCAUAAAUUCGUCUCACAAGAUCAAAGCAAAGAUUUUAAAUAGUAAUUUGUAAUUAAGUAGCAACCCAGUAUGAGGAAUUUAGAGCUGAGUUGGUGACUGGAAUGUGUCAAAUGAGUUGAUUAAUAAUAUAUGGUUCUGUCCUUUUUAUAUAUGUACGAUGUAUUAUUUAUUACAUACACGAAUAAAUAUUGUAAAAAUGUUUAUGAAA